AUGCCCAAUCAAUGCUGUAACUCAUCUUCACUACGGGCGGAUAAGGGGCAGCAAGCCGCGCGCGUUGCUAGUCACUCCCGGGCAUUCGCUGUGGGGGAAAAGUGGAAUCUUCUAGCCACGCGCGAAAUAGGCGAGUUGGACAGGCUCGCCGUCCUCCAGAUCCAUGCGGGCGACGGUGAUGGCGCAGACCUCAUUUUCAACUUCAAUAGCCAGCGAAUCGCCGUAUCGAUAUUCCCCAGCUCUUCAAACCACGACCGAAAUCGGCGCUCAAUACAAGACCACCUCAUCGAUGUUCUGGGCCGCGCUGCCUCUGACGAUAUGGGCGACUUCGAGUACGAGGAGCUUAAGGACGAGAUUCUAGGGGUUAUUUUAGAUGCAGGCAGGACUAUCUUUAAAGCUCAAGCCACGCUCCAGAUAAAGCUCAAUCCACCGCGAGAUCUUCACUCGGCCAUUUAUCCCCCGACACUUCAUUUCCAGCUUCUAGACACCGACGGCAAGCCUGUUAUUAUCCCUAUCGAACCAAGCGAUACCUAUACCCUUUCUGCGGAGGAUGAGUUAGACAUUAACAAUACCCUUCCUUACUACACAACCAAAGCAAUACUUAUCCGGGAGAUUCGGGUCUUGGUUAACGGCAAAGAGAUAGGACUGAUUGGCACUAGCGAACUCGAUGCUACAAUACAUACCCCGCACGAAGAUAUGGGCCGCAUUGUCGGUUUCCUUCGGCAAUGGAUCCCCGGACGCCGCCUCAGGGAUAUAGACGUUCCCGCGACGCCAGUACAGCGGAGGCAAAAGUGGAUUAGGCAGAUCCGCGAGGUAGUUCACACCUUACACGCCAAAGAGAUAAUCUGGGGCGACGGAAAGGCCAGCAACGUUAUUAUCGACGAACAAGACGAUGUUUGGCUAAUUGACUUUGGGGGCGGCUGGACUUAUAGCUGGGUGGAUGAGGAGUUGGUGAAUACGAUUGAAGGAGAUGCACUAGCUAUCAGUAAGCUUUCAGAGUUUUUGGUAAUUAAUUGA